AGCUGAGUUUCUGUCGCAGUUGGUCUCUCGCAUCUGUUUUCGCUCGCAGUUGUUUUGAGUGGCUGUUACGUGGCUGUCGACUAGUGCUUCCAAGUAGGCCUCUUCUCGUCAUCAUUUCGUCCUGAAUAGUCGUCAAUUUUGUAAUUGUUUUAAAAAUCCCUUCCGUCAUCUAAAAACUACGACUUUGAAAACGAAUCAACUGUCGUUCAGCAACCAAUCAUCAUCGUUACACGUUAAAUACAGCCAACACCUCUUUCCCAGUUCAGCAAUGGAAUCGAAGGACAUAGCAACAGGCCAUCCAAAGUCAUGCUGGCGCUCCAAUUCGUGGAAAAGAAUUUGGCUGAAAAGAAGAGCGAACAUCAAUUACGAGCGAUCAUUUUUGCUGAUCUUUGGUUCCGCCGGACUGGUUAUCAUUGUUUACAACAUCUUGAUUGCUUCGCCUAUUCCGAUUUGUCUCAUCCCAGACGAUUUAACAACAGUCUCUCCUUCCGAAUCGCCUCGUGAAUUAAAACAUAACUACGAUUUUUUAUCUGAAGGAGAUAAAGCCUUUUUUUGGGAAACUGGCGGCAAUCAAACACUCAACAUACGGCAAGCGUGUGCAGUGGAAUCGCUGGCGUUGCACAACCCAAGUGUCACUGUUUACAUGCUCUUUAGUCAAGAAAGAGUCAACAGAAGCUCCAUCACAUUGCGGACACUUACGGAAAACUAUAAAAACAUCCGAAUUAUAGGAAUCAAUAUGAACAAUUUCAUGACCGGUUCGGCAUUGGAACAUUGGUACAAAUUCACUGACUGGAGGAAAGGACCUUUCAACGUUUCUCACUUCAGUGACGCCCUUCGUUUCGCCACGCUGUCGAAAUACGGCGGCUAUUAUUUCGAUCUUGACCUCAUCCACCUCCAGCCGGUGACCCACUAUCGCAAUUUUUUUGCCACGGAAGAUGGGAUCAUCGUGUCGGCUGGUGCGAUCCAUGCAGAUUAUGGCCAUCCCAUCAUGAAACUGGCCAUUUCUGAUUUUGUCGUUAAUUACAGAGCUGACGUUUGGGGCCAUAAUGGACCUGCUUUAUUGGGCAGAGUUAUAACCAAAUGGUGUGCAGUACCUAAACUUCGGGAAGCGACUUACCUCAGAUGUCGGGGGUUCAGCGUUUUACCGAAUGCAUCAUUUUAUCCGGUACAUUAUCCAAGAUGGCGAGAAUUUUUCCAUCAACGAGCUCCAAACGAUACCAUGACUCCUGAUUGGCUGACGACGGAAGUGAUCGGUGUUCAUAUUUGGAAUAAAAUCAGCUACGGAGAGCCAGUUUACCGCAAUUCGACGCAAUAUUACACACAACUAGCUCGUACCCAUUGCCCGGCCAUAUUUUCCAUUACUCCUGAUGUCUUUUAAUACGGGAAAUAAAAAAUUAUAUAAAUAAAAAAGGGACAGGACAGGAUUUAAUUUAGCCACGUCACAUCUAGGUUUUCGUUUGAAGUGUAUUGUGAUGACGUCAUGUAAAACUCCUUUCCCCUUUAAUGUUGGUUUCAACUAAUACAAUUCAUUUUGCGUUUGUCUUA